AUGCUGCUUCUAGCUUCGGCUUUUUUUCUAACACUACUGCAGUGCUCUAAAGCCCAAGUUACACCUGCAGACUGUAACACCAUCGAAACAGAUGCAGGAGUGGCCCUGGAUUUGGUCAACAGACAUCGCAGAGAUGGUUAUGUUUUUGGUUUAUUCCGUGUUGCUGAUGCACAUGAACUACAUUUAGGAAAUUCAACGGUCCUCUACCUAACUUUGGAUGUGCUGGAAACUGAAUGCUCUGUCCUGUCCAGAAGACACUGGGAGUCCUGUGAAUACAGUGACACCUAUCCAAUGGACUUUGGGCAAUGUAAGAUUAUCACAUAUACAAACCAUCUGCUGAAGAAACCUCAACUAUAUGGAUUUAAUUGUACAUUAAGUCCAGUUCCACCUGACUUAGUAGAGUGCAAAGAUUGUCCUGUGAAACUUGAAGCCUUAGAAGUCACUGAGAAACAUAAAGAUAUUGCUAAAAAGGCCCUGAAGAAAUUCAAUAGUGAAGAUAACCACACAAACAACUUCGCUGUGGAUAAAGUGGAAAAAAUUUUAAAGAUGACUGCCUCUCGUGAAGGUCACAUUUUAGGAUUCUCUAUAAAAGAGACCAACUGUUCCAAAUCUAUGCAGGAAACAGAUCAGGCAUUGGAAUGUGAUUUUCUGCAUGGCUGGCACGCUCACACCGGAUUCUGCAAGGCAAGAAUUAUCAGCGAUGCAGAUGAAGCUGAAGGAACAGAUAUAAGCUGUGAAAUCUACCAUCCCUGGCACCAUGGCUAUGGACAAAGAGGGAAAUACUCAGCUCUGGGACUUCCUCACAGACAUCCCCACUGUCAUCCUCAUUUUGGUCACAGACGUCGCCAUAAGCAUCACCACAGACAUAAAUAUCCCUCCUCCUCUCAGUCCAGACCUGAAGACCCUGAGCAUAACCCCAAAUCCAGCAAGGGAGAUCAAGACAGCAAUGAAGAAACUUCUUCUCCCCCUCCUCCCCAUGAUGAACCAGGUCACGACCACCCUACUCCCCCUCCUCAUGGACCAGAUCAUGACCACCCUCCUCACCACCAUGGACCACCCUGUCCUCCUCCCCACCAUCAUGGACCAGACCAUGACCACCCUCCUCACCACCAUGGACCACCCUGUCCUCCUCCCCACCAUCAUGGACCAGACCAUGACCACCCUCCUCACCACCAUGGACCACCCUGUCCUCCUCCCCACCAUCAUGGACCAGAUCAUGACCACCCUCCUCACCACCAUGGACCACCCUGUCCUCCUCCCCACCAUCAUGGACCAGAUCAUGACCACCCUCCUCACCACCAUGGACCACCCUGUCCUCCUCCCCACCACCAUGGACAAGAUCACGACCACCCUCCUCACCACCGUGGACCACCCUGUCCCCCUUCUCAAGGACAUCCUCCUCAUCACUGUCACAGACAUCAUCACAACAAGACAAGCAUAUCAGGAAAGUAUUUUCCAUGCCAUGUAACAGGAACUGUCUAUCGCAUCCCAGUUCUAAAUCAGCAGGAUUCUCUCACACCUCCCACUGCAAACUUUCCUGAACUAUCCCAAUGCAACCUUCACUUUUCCUGCACUGGCUCAAAACUAAAGGAGAUGGUAGAAGCUGCAGGCUUUCCAAAUCACACUACGCAAUCAAAAUCAUGCCCUGGAAAACCCAAACUUGACCUUCCAAAAAUUUUGCCUUUAUUUCCUCAUAGCUUUGUAACAGAAAAGUCUCCUAUAUGA